AUGCAGCCCAGCCAUGCUGCGACACUGGGCCGGGCGCCCCGGGUGCCCCGGGCACCCCAAGUGCUGCGCCCAGCGCCGCGCGGCGCAGCCGUGGCCAAGGCACCGGCCGUGCCGCGCAGUUCCCUGGCCUUUGCGGCCGUGACGGGCGCCAUCGCGUGGAAGACUUGGACGGCCCGGCGGCAACGGGCACCGCAACAGGUGGAGAAAAUGAACACGAAGAAUUUCCUGAGCACUGGCAGCUUGACCCUGGACCUGGCCCUGUGUGGUGGGUUGCCGCGCGGCCGCAUGGUGGAGAUCUUUGGGGAGCCGCAGUCGGGCAAGACCUCCCUGGCCCUCAGCUGCCUACGGGCUGCGCUGCGGAACAAGCAGAGCUGCGCUGUUCUGGACGUAGACCGGCAGUGGCCCCACUGUGACGCCUCUGAAGAUCAGCUACUUCGAGCCCGACCGAAGAAUGCAGAGGAGGCCAUGGAGAUGAUGGUAGAUCUGGUGAAUUCCAGGCAAUAUGACCUCAUCAUUUUGGACAGUGUCGCCAGCUUGAUCUCCAAAGAGGAGUUGGAGGCCGACAUUUCGUCCACAGACGUUGGCUUCGCAGUGCCGAAGCUGUUGAGCAGAUUCUGCACAAGGAUGGAGAAGAUCUUGCCCGAGACCGGGACGACCAUCAUUUUCACCAACCUUUUGAGGAACUCCAGGUGGUCGGACUAUGGCGCUGACAGCGAAGUGACCUGUGGAGGCAAUGCAGUGAAGUACCGUUGCAGUCUUCGCAUCGCAGUGAGGCAGCUGGAGAGACCACGAUGGAGCGAAGGCGGUGAAGAUGAGGAUGUAAAGGCAAUGAAAACACUGCUGGAAGUGGUCAAGAACAAGGACGGACCAAAGGGACCGCCAGUGGAGUGUGACCUUCUGCUAGGGAAGGGCAUUUCCUGGGAGAGCAGUGUGGUUGAGGCCGCCAUGGACCUCCACGUCCUUGCCGACGCAGAUGCCGAAAGCGACGCAAGUGGUGCCGUGGUCUUCCAGGGCCAGGCGCGGCAGCCGAGCGACUGGGCCAAGGUGUUGGAGGACGACCCCAAGAUCUGCCAACAGCUGGCGAAGGCGUGUCGCAAAGCGUGGAUUCGGAGAAUGAAUUGGAUGACAACAUGAAGAUAUUCGAAGAUAAGGACCGUAUUUGCAGCCGUCCUUGGCGUCACAGCUUCUAGCGCUGAGGAAAUUUGUAAUUCAUAUAGUGCAUACAGUAGAACUUGGAUGGCCAAAGAAUUUGCUGUUCCAACAGGUUCCACACGCGAGUUAGAAACUGGCCUUGUGGUCUCUACCCUAAUGUUCCAGGCCGUCGAAUGUUGAAAAUGAGUCAGAAGGUCGCCGAGAGAAGACAAGUGCAAGCUUGUGAGU